UCAACGGAAACGGUUGUUUGCGAACGAAAGAAAAGUGACAGUGGAAUACUCUUCGUCGUUUAACACGGACAUGAAGGGGAUUUUGACUCGUAAAUUUGCGAACGCGAGUGUGUGAGAGCAUUAAUUAAUGCUCUUGAAAAUCAAUUAACAGCUGCUUAUUUAAAGCCACAAUCCCAUUUAAUUACGGUGUAAGAGAUUGCAAUCAGUUAAAACUAAUUGCCAUUUGGCAAUAAAUGUUUGGACGAAGAACGAGCUCACAGCAAAUGAUACGGUUCUAAAACACCACUAAAUUAUUUAUUCAGAUUGUGAUCAAUAGUCGAGUGUUUUAAAAAUACAGUUGAACACUUUUAGGUGUUUUUUUAAUUUGCUAAUGGUGUCCAGUAAAUAUACAUAAAUAUGUAUGUGAGUGACUGAUUGAUGUACCUAAGUGUGCUUUAUUAAUUUUUAAGAAUUUAAUAAUAAUUGUCAUAGAUCCAGAACCAAAGGCAAACCUUUGAACCUCAACCGAUUGAAAUGAAACUGUAAAACAAAAUAUUGGAUACUCAUCCUAAAAAGUAUGGAAGCACGCAGAACGAACGAAGAUAACUUUGUUCGGAGUCCGUCUGGUCUUAUAUACUACACGGCGUCUACACCCACCAGCGCCAACAUGACGCAGUCGGUUUUGGAUCAACGACUUGUUAGCAAAUCAAAUUUUUCUUUGACGCACAGCACCGUUACCAGUGCCGUUACUGAAGUUUUGGAGAUUUCAAAUUCAUCGAGCGAAGAGUGGAACCAUUUCUACGAUCUUAUGCUGUCUUGGCAAGGCAUUUGUUUCAUCGCAAUAUUUUGUGUGCUCAUCGUGAUCACGGUUCUGGGCAAUACAUUAGUAAUAAUGGCGAUUAUAACCACGCGACGCCUGCGCACCGUAACAAACUGUUUUGUAAUGAGUCUGGCGGUUGCGGAUCUUUUGGUGGGCAUUUUCGUCAUGCCACCUGCAGUAGCCGUACAUUUAGUGGGCUCCUGGCGUCUUGGUUGGAUACUUUGCGACAUUUGGAUAUCGCUCGAUAUACUGCUUUGUACCGCGUCCAUACUAAGCUUGUGCGCCAUCAGCGUGGACAGAUAUCUGGCCGUGACAAAACCGCUGAAGUACUCACGUAAACGCCGUUCGAAACGCUUGGCGCUGUUAAUGAUACUGAUUGUUUGGGUGCUGGCGCUGGCGAUAACUUGUCCGCCCAUGCUCGGCUGGUACGAGCCGGGUCGACGUGACCGAAAUGAGUGCCGUUAUAAUCAAAAUAAAGGAUACGUCAUUUAUUCGGCCAGUGGCUCCUUCUUUUUGCCAAUGAUUGUGAUGCUUUACGUUUAUGCGCGCAUUUCCUGUGUUAUCGCCUCGAGGCAUGACAAAAUGACCCACACCAGUGUGCAUUGGAAGCGAUUCAGGCGUUAUACCACGGUUGAUACUUACAAUUAUGCUGAGCAGGAUUUCUUCGAGUUGACACGCGAGAAGGCCUCGGAAGAGCGCAGAUUUUCCAAUCAAACCAUCAUUAAUGAGCUAACUGAAGUCAUGGUGCCCGAUGCGGAAAACGUCCGUCCACUGCUCAGCUUACCAAAGGCGAAUAGCGGUAAGGGUAAUAUCAACGAUUUGACACGACCCGUGUCGUGGAAAACGCCAGCAAGUGUGGUGUAUCAGUACACGUCCAAUGGCAAAAGGCAACAAUACGCCCAGUCGUGUCCGCCUGGAUCGAUAGCUCGUAUGCAGCAGCCACGCGGUUCCCAACCGCAACAGCAACAACUGAGAUCCUUGGCCAACUGCAUAAUUUCGCUGAGGAAAGAGCACAAGACUACACAAACGUUGAGCAUUGUGGUCGGCGGCUUUAUUGCCUGUUGGCUGCCAUUCUUCAUUUACUACCUGCUUACACCGUUUCUAGAGCCGCGACAGGUCAGCCGGACCCUCACGCAUGUGCUCACCUGGCUGGGCUGGCUGAACAGCGCCAUUAAUCCCUUCAUUUAUGCAUUCUACAGCAUCGACUUUCGCGUGGCAUUCUGGCGACUCGUCUGCCGACGCUUCUGCAGCAACAUUAUGCGACCACAAACACCCACCUCCACUACAUCGAUGAGACUGUAGGGCAGCAAUCGGAGGGCAAUGGAUAUUUUUGCGCAGAUACCCCUGCGUACAAAAUCGUAUGUGUUUACUUCAUUUGACACACAUACAUACUUAUGAAUACAUAUUUAGAAUUAUAAGCUGAAAAGCGUUUUAGGCGUGGAGCAUGCAUCGGAUUAUGUGUAGCCAUGUGUAAGGUGUGCUUCAUGUUCGUGUACAUGUAUAUGUCUUCUAAUAUUUAAAGGGUAUUAGUCAAGCAUUGUGCUCAGCGUCCAUAUAAAGCGACCUUUAAUAUGGACGGAUCGAUUUUCAGUUAUUUUAUAAUCGUAAAGAAAGGUUUAAAUUAUCCAUCAACCAUUUGAGGGGACGUGUUUUUGUACGCAUAUCAUUGUGUGUGCUGCAUGGCAUAUAACAGUUUUUCCCUUUGACCCGGCUAAUUGUCUAACACUGAUCAAAUUGGCAAAAGAAUGCGAUUGGCCGCAUAAGAGUCUCAUUGUUUCGAAGAACGCUCGAAAAGCGACGCCAGAAUAAGCUAGUCAACGUCAUAGACUUCUGAAAGUUGGGCCAUGGAAGAAGAUUGCUCUAAUUAGUAUUCAAAAACUGUUGUCUUCUUUGUUCGUCCAAAGACUUUUCAGACCACGUAGUAUUUACUCAGCAAGGGAAAGGUUUAAGAGCUUCGGAUAUAUGAAGUCUUAAUAGAAUAUUGAGCCGUUCCAAAUGCUAUUUUAUUUAUUGAAAUUAAUUAAUAUAAAAUAAAACAUAUUGAUGGCAUUUAUAUACAAAAUACAUAUAUAUGUAUAUAUGAAUCAGAUCAUAAUUUAAGUAUUUUAUUACACAAAAUAUAAUAAAUAUCCAUAAGUGUAUUGCAAAUCUAAAAAUGUUAAAGUAAGUAUUUUUUAUCUAGGAGGGUAUGUACAUAUACAUAUACAUAUAAGAUCAAAUGAACAUAUGUAUGAGACCAUGUAUGUCAUUAUAUAUUAAUAUACUUAAUAACUAAAUACUGUGUAUUUACAAAUAUCAAAACCUUAAAAUUAAUAGAAAUUAUACAAAAACGCCUAACUCUUUGUGAUGUCGCCGUGUAAUAAUAAUUAAUGUAUUCGCUUUCAUUUUACUUAACAAUAAGAUGUAAUUGUAUUGGUGUUUACGUAAGCAUCGAAUAU